AAACAAAUUAACGUUCGUUUAGUAUAUAUAAAAUUUUUUCAUAGAGGAAAAAUAUUUCAAUAAUUUAUGUAUAAUAUUGUAUAUCAUAUAUAUAAUUAAAAAUAUAGAAAUUGUGUUGAAUAUUCAAAAUUUCUUUAUGGAUUUGUAAUAAUAAAAUUUAAUAUUAAUUUAAUAUUUUAUGAUAAUUAUAAAUAUGACUGCAAAAGUGUAUCAACCAGAUCAAGAAUUGGAGACAAAAGUUAAAAAAGCGACUGAACGUAUAUCUGAAAAUAUGCAUAUAGUUGCAAAUGAACCAUCUCUUGCAUUUUAUAGAUUACAAGAACAUGUAAGAAAAGCAUUGCCUCCAAUGGUGGAGAAGAGAGUUGAAGUACUUGCUCUUCAACAGCAACUCUUAGGUAGAUGUUAUGAUGUAGAAUAUGCUGUAAGUGCUAUUAAAACAAUGUAUGGUGCUGAAAAAAGUUUUGAAAAUACUUUAGAAUUCAUAAAAAAUGCUAUAUUUCUUAAACAACAAUUAAAGUAUGAAGAACAACGUAGACACAAGAAAGAUAGUAAUAGAGAUUCUGUAUAUAAAAGACUUUCUGCACAUAUUCCUACUUUAGAUCAUUUACCAGAUGAAAUUUCUGAUGUUGUAAGAGAAACUGCUAAUAGAGUAGAAUCUAUGAUGAAUCAUGCUAGAUAUUCUACUGAUGGUCAAAAAACAAAUUAAAGUUGCAAUAAUGUUUAGUUUAUUAAAAUUUCAUUAAAUUAUAUUUAAUUAUUAAAUAGUUGAUUAAAUUUAGUUCA